AUGAAGAAAACCUCAAUUGUUUAUGCUCUCUUAUGGUCCGCAAGUAUCGUUUCGGCAGCGGAUUACGCGCCAGAGCAAGAUACGUGGUGCAUCACUUACCUGUCAACCUAUCUUACUCCGGUCUCCAACCAGGCCAAUUCGCCUGCACUGACAAGGCCUGCCGAAGAGCCCGGUAGACAGCCAAUUGCUCCGUCGUUGAAGCCAACGUUUGCUGCAAACAUUUCGACUCGGCGGACCCAGGCAAGCUUCAAUACGGAACUUCCAACUUCGAUCAUUCUUCCACAAUCCUCCGGAGCGGUCGGAUUAUCUUCAGAUGGUCCUGAGUUCUCAACUUCGGGAACAGAACCAAUUGCGGUACAAUCAGACACUGGAACCCAACCCCCUGACCCGUUAACUGAGCCUGUGAUUGAUGAAGUUGCCACCUCUUCAUUGUCAAUAGACCUUGACUCUACUGUCAGCACGGAUGCCAUCCCAACCUCGAGUGGCCUCGUCGAGGCAGCCGGACGAUCCGUUAUAUUCCAAGUUUCUGUUACCGACAAUGAGAAAAGUGGUAUAAACAGGCGACAAGCCACUGGGGGUUUUGUCGGGAAUGAAAACCCACAAAUCUGCACAUUUGCCGCAAUCUUUAACCUCGCUGAAGGUCAACUAUUCGAAGGUGAUGCACCUAUCUACUACUCGGGCGAGAGUUACAAGGAGUUAUCCGGUCAAGAUCUCCCUGCCAGUGGAUCUAUAACAAAGACCUUUGAAGAUUCUGGUCGGCUUGUGUUUAGGAACCCAGGUUUGCCUAACGGUAGGGCAGGUUUCUGUCAGACCCCUGAUGGUAUUGUCUAUGUAACCUUUACCAAUGGACCUGUCGGGUGUAUACCAGUUGAACUAGUUGUAUACGACGUUACACAAUGUCAGGAUGGCCGACUCGUUGGCGAAGAUGAUGUCACUGCGACAGCCUCUAGGACAGUCCCUCAAAACACAACGACGCCUGGAGGUAUCGGCCCUGAGGUCACUUCUAGCAUCGAGGAUUCUACUACGAUGGAGAUCAAUACACGUAGCGAAGAUUCUGAGACCCAACCUGGAACAAUCGAUCCAUCCUCCCAGACGUCUGCUGCUGGGCCAUCUGCUUCAUCGAGCUCAGCCAUCGCAUCUAUCUCACAGUCAGAAACUUCAGUUAUUGAUGGCACAGCCUCUGUACCGACUGAUUCAGCCAGGGAGUCGGUACCAGAAGCGACAACACUAGCUACUGCGACUACGCUCUCUACAGACGAUGUGAUAACUUCGAACACAUUGGACACAGACUCGGAGACGGAAACUGAGGUAGAGACCUUGACCACCAACACAGACAAUACUGUCCUCGAAACUACCACGUCAACUGUAGAUAUCACCAUUGCUGAUACUACGGCUGCUUCCACCACUACUGGCUCAGACCCCCCUGGCCCUCAAUGCACCGAUACCAACAACCCAUAUAUAGCUCCUAACGGCGUUACCUUUACCCUCUCUUGCAAUACUGUCGUCGGCACUAUAGUGCUUCAGAGUAUCGGCAUGAGCAACUUCAUUUUGUGCGUUCAAGCCUGCUCUGAGAUUGAAGCAUGUGUGGCAUCAGAAUUCUACAAGCCUGCUUUCCUCUGCUACUUGUUCUCGGAAGUCUUUGAUGGACCUGCAAACGAUAGCGAGGAUUCUGAUGCUGCCAUCAAGGUUCCUGUCAUCACUGACACAACCACCGCAACCACAGAUGCUUCCACCACUAUCUCAGACGCCCCCAAACCUGAAUGCACCAGUACCAAUAACCCGUAUACAGCUUCCAAUGGUGUUACCUUCACCCUCUAUUGUAACACCGUGAUGAACGGCUUUGCACCUAUUGCAUUCUUUACUGCCGAAGACUUCAUUGUAUGCAUACAGGCUUGCUCUGAGAUUGAAGCAUGUGUGGGGGUCGAAUUUAACAGACUCAACUCCGCAUGUGUAACAGUUUCCCAAAUCAUUGAUGGAACUUCCCAGGGUGCCGGAUCUUCAGAUGUUGCGCUCAAGGAUCCUGUCUUGGGCGACACCACUGCCGCAAUUACAGAUACAAUGACUGCUGAUACCACCACCGCAGAUAUCCCUAUUCUCGAUACCACCACCACAGAUGCUCUUGUUGCCGAUACCACCACCUCAGCCACCCCUACAGAGAUCUCUGAUCCUUCACCCUGCGAAGAUCUUGGCAGUCAUGUGACAGUCGACAGUACCAGUUACGUCCUCUCCUGCAACACAAUAUUUGCAUUUUCCGCGUAUGAUGCAUUUGAAGUCCCCAGCUUCCUCGCCUGUAUUCAGGCUUGCAGUGUCAAUUUCCAAUGUAAUGUGGGGAUUGUUUUCCAGAAGGAGAUUAGUAGAUGUUAUAUCGUGGCAGCUAUCUAUUCCAGCGAUGACCCGAAUCCUGGUUAUGAUACUGCACGUAUACGGGGAGGGGCUUGA